AUGCCACUGCUGGCCGGUGACAAGAAGGCCCAGGCGCUGGCAAGCUACCUGGCGGUGCACGUCAAAGUGCUGCAGGAAGACCGAAAGGCCAUUGAGAAUCUCCCGAAGUCUUUGAGGGAGGUCGCCGCGCUGUACGGCGAGGUGGGUGACAAAAGGGAGCAGGAGGAUGUGAUGAAGGACAUUUUGGAGUUCCACCUCGCCAACGGCCAGAGGGAAGAGGCUGUGAAGGUGGAGCAAGAGAUCCGGGAUCAGGUGAAGGGCAACAAGAAGGAGGAGCCUCCCUGCCUCCUCCGCCUUGCGGCCGUCUUCUACUCCAUGAGCGCCAUGGAGGGGGCCCGGACCCUCGUUGAGGAGGCUGUUGCAGGCUUCGGUGCAAGCGGAGACAAGGCUGGCAGCGUGACGGCCCUGCGCUCCAUGGCUAUGCUGUAUCUCUCGCAGCAGAAGUUUGACGAAGCCUUGCAGGCUUUGGAGAAGGCCGUCCAGGGCACAGGGACGGAGAAGGCCAGCAUCCAGUAUGGCAUCUCACAGGUCUACGCCGCCAUGGGCGGCAAAGGCGUUAGCAGCGCCGUGGAUGCCCUGAAGAAAGCCCGGACCUUCAUGAAGGAGGACGGGAACAAGGAUGGUGAGCUGGAAGUUCUGCAGAUUAUGUCUGAGCUCAUGCUCAGCAAGCAGCAGGGCUCCGAUGCAGUGGCCACCGGCCAGGAGGCCUUGGCGGUGGUGCAGGCUACCGGCGAUCAGUCCAAGGAGGCAGCCGCUCUCUUGCGCCUGGUGGGCGCCUGCCUCUCCUCGCAGAACGAUGGCGAGGCCCUCAAGUAUGCCGAGCAGGCUGAAGAAAAGGCACCAUGGGCCGAGCCUGUGGGUUGGGUGUGUCGAGCAUGUGUAGAGUCAGUGUUGAGGUUGUCCCAAAGAUGCGAGUUGAUUCUUCCCAGCUUCAGCCCUGAUUUCAGCAGCACCUGGGUGUCGGAUGGGACCUGGGGAGCUUGGCGAUCGGCCGAUCUGUACGGGUGUGGCGAGUUGCUGGGCCAGCUGCACCAACUGACGCCUGAAGACUGA